AUGGGAGGAAGAUGUAGCAAAUCGCUCAAAGGUUACGUCCCGCCACAGUUAUACUCUAUCGAUGGAAUAAGUGUGGUCUCGAGUGCGAUUGGUGAACCGCUUCACACGGAGAAAUCAAGACUGGAUCCAUACCAUUUUGGAGAUACAAAGGUUAAGAUUGAGAUCCAGCUAGAAAGUGAACCUCCCAGGCUGGUGGAAGUAAGGGAUGAUCAGGGUAAUGCUGUGCGGAUUCAGGUUGAGUAUCCUAGCUUACCACCAAGAUGUCUUAACUGUGGUAAAUUUGGUCAUCUCCUCAACAGAUGUUUGAAGCCGCUUGUCAAGAGAAAUAAACCUUUUGUUCAGACAAGCCUUCAACAAGACAAAAUGGUUUCUACCUCCACAAAGAUAAGCCUGGAGACAGGAGCAUCAGAACAGGAGGAGGAGGGAGAAAUCAAGGUUGACCACGAGGUGCCGGAAGAAAAGAGAGCAAAUAAGAAGAAGUCUAAGAGAAAGGGCCGGUCUCGGUCUCGUGUGCCAAGUUCUUCGUUGGUAGUGAACUCAACGACUUUGGAGGAUCAGCCUCUCCUAGUCAUCCCAGAGGGCUCUGGUGUUGUGGAAAGGAUCGAGAAAGUAGAGAAGUCUGAGAUAAGGGAUGUGGCUGUUGAUGAAAAUCAAGAGGAAGUGAAGGAGCAUUCACGUGUAGUGUCUGUGCUUAGUGAUGGAAAAGGAGUGAAUCAGGAUGUUUUGCUAGAGGAGGAAGAGAAUGAGCCAAAAACUCCAUCAGGUGACGAUCGUGAAGAGGAUGAGAGGCUCUGGUUCAAACACCCUAAGGCAGUCCGGAAAGCCAUCAGACAAGAGCUAUGGCAUUCGACCAUUAAGAAGCAGCCUCCUAAAAGUGCGUUCUCGUUUCGGAAUUGGGGCUCAGCCUCAAUGAAGACGCACAAUCUCUAA